AUGGAGAAACUCACCUUCUGUUGUGUGUUGCUUCUCUCUUUUGGGGCGAUAUCUCGCGCGAGAUUUCUCGACGAUCGUUUCCCUCUACUGUUAUCUACUUGGACUUUUCCCUCCGUUCAUGCCGAGAAGCUGAUUCGGAAGCUUAACCUCUUCCCGGAGAAGGGUGUCCACAUCGUACGCGACGGCGAUGCUUCUCUUCUUGACGGAAGGAAGAGGAUCGUCGAGAAACGGUUUAUGUUUCCGAAUGUCGUUGACGACGAGUAUGGUGAAGUCUCUGUAAAGGAUUUGGGCCACCAUGCCGGUUAUUAUAAGAUUGCGAACUCUCACGCGGCCAGGAUGUUCUAUUUCUUCUUUGAAUCACGCAACAGCAGGAAGGACCCUGUUGUUAUUUUGUUGACUGGAGGACCAGGAUGUAGCAGUGAGUUGGCUAUGUUUUAUGAAAAUGGUCCUUUCACUAUUGCAGACAAUAUGUCUCUUGCAUGGAAUCCAUAUGGUUGGGACCAGUUGAAAAUGGUCUACUUUAUUUUGUUUGGGCACAUGCUUGCGCUUCGUGUCUAUUGUCACGGCUCAAAUAGACCUUCAUCUUUGUCAUCCGUGAAUGAUCCUUGAGCCCAGUUGAAAGAGAAGAUGUAGCAGCUGAGUGAGGCCACUUGAAGUUUUGAAUUGAAGUUGUUUACGGAUAUAGCCUAGUUAUACCCUUGUAUAUUAAGUUUUUAUGUACUCAUAUAGUUAUAUGUAUGUAAUUACAUUCAAGCAGUUGUACAGAAAUAGUUGUAAUAUUAUUUUGGGAAUUUAAUCAAAUGUAAAUUGUUAUAAUAUUAUUUCUUUUGAGUUUAAUAGUUGACAAAUUUCGUAA